AACACAAGCAACAAGCGCUUUUAAAGGGGCAGCACAAGGUUUACUUGUAAGUCAUCAUGGCGGAUUCCUGCAACAACAAGACAUGCCUUUCCCGGGUUUUAUCACAGACUACGCUGGAUUCGACAGAUGUUGAUCCAGCGAGAACUAUUCCGCUGCAUCCAGGCCGAAAGAGACUGUUAUCGAGCUGCACAUCGAUCGAGUGCACUGAGCCGGUGGCUUUACGCAACGAGGCGCGAGUCCUGGUUAUCAACACCGGAGGAACCAUCGGGAUGACUCUGAAUGAUGAGGUGUUAAUCCCACAAGCCAAUGCAUUUGUGCAGAACCUACGCAAGUUGCCCCUCUUCCACGAUGAGAAGUAUGCCCAGGAGACCUGCCUGUUUGAGUACUAUGGAUAUAAGAGCCUGGUCUUGCCGAGGCAAACACCCCAUGGUGACAAUCUAUUUCAUGGGCUGAGUAAAAGCAAAAGCAGGAUAGUCUACACUUUUUUAGAGUACAACCCUUUGCUGGACUCCUCUAAUAUGACCACAGACGACUGGGCUAAAAUUGGAAAGGACAUUGAGGAAAACUAUGAAAACUAUGAUGGUUUUGUCAUCCUCCAUGGCACAGACACUAUGGCCUACACAGCCUCUGCUCUGUCCUUCAUGUGUGAAAAUUUGGGCAAACCAAUCAUUAUCACUGGAUCACAGGUGCCGAUCUAUGAGAUGAGGAAUGAUGGCAUAGACAACCUGCUGGGGGCGCUGCUUAUUGCUGGCCAGUUUGUCAUUCCUGAGGUGUGCCUGUAUUUUUACAACAAACUCUACAGAGGAAAUCGUUCGACCAAGGUGGAUAAUGGGAGUUUUAAUGCAUUCGCCUCUCCUAACUUGACCCCUUUGGCCACUGCUGAAGUGGACAUUACAAUCAACUGGGAUACGGUGUGGAGGGCAAACACCACAGAAAGGUUUAAAGUCAGCCCUAAGCUGAACAGGAACGUGGGCCUGCUCAGGCUGUUCCCAGGGAUCACCUCUGCUACUGUAAGGGCUUUCCUGCAGUCACCCAUGGAAGGUGUGGUCUUGGAGACCUACGGCAGUGGAAAUGCCCCCGAUAACCGACCCGACCUGUUAAAUGAGUUGAAGGAGGCCACCAACUCUGGUGUCAUCAUCAUGAACUGCACCCAGUGUCUGAGGGGAACCGUGUCUGCAGCUUACUCCACUGGCAAGGUAUUGAAGGAUGCAGGGCUGAUAGCUGGCCAUGACAUGACUCCAGAGGCUGCCCUUUCAAAGCUGUCUUACGUAUUGGCCCAGGAAGACUUGAAUCUUGAUGAAAAGAAAAUGAUGAUGGCUCAGAACCUGCGAGGUGAGAUGAGUGCCGACUUAGCAGGAGCCAAGCUGUGUCUGAGAGACAGCCGUUUCAUCCAGGUCAUCGCCAAGUCUCUCAACAUCAGCUGCAAAGAAGAGCUGGAAACCAUUCGUGAUGCCCUGAAUCCCACACUGGCAUGUGCUGCUGCUAAGAUCGGAGACAUAGACGCCUUGAAAGCCCUAAAGGAAAUGGGCAGUAACUUGUCUCUGGGUGACUAUGAUGGACGUACUCCCCUACAUGUUGCCGCCUGUGAGGGCAACCUCAAACUGGUGGAGUACCUACUGGGUCAGGGAGCUACAGUCUAUGCUAAAGAUCGCUAUGGGGACACACCCCUAAGCAACGCUGUACGCUUUAGGAACAAGGAUGUUGUGAAGCUGCUGAGAAAGACAGGAGCCCACUUCUCCAAAGAGGAGUUGGAUGAAGCAGGAACCAAACUGUGCAGCCUGGCAGCCAACGCAGACCUGGAUGGCCUAGAAAUCUGGAGUCUUGCCGGAGCUGAUCUGAAUAAACCAGGCUACGAUGGACAGGCAGCAAUUGGAGCGGCCCAGACUGCUGGCAAUCAGGAAGUGGUGGCAUUUUUAGGCCAACUCCUGAGCAAAAAAGCCGAGACAGUAUUUGGUUAAUUUAAUGAUGAUGAUAAGGAGGAGGAGCAGAGCAAAGUGAUGUAACCCAGAGCCACCCCGACAGGACUGUGAGCUGAAUCUACCUUAACCAACAGGAAUCGUCCUAUGACUGUUUGAAUCCACUUCCCCCACAAGCCGUCCUAUACACACUGUCCACUGUCCUGUUGAAUUUCACAGGCUUGCUGUCACUUUGAAUUCUUAAAUACUUUUUAUAGCCAUCGUUGCUUAAAGUGUUUCCCUCCAAACCCACUGAUUGUACAACAUUGUUUAACCACUGCUUAAAGUGCAAGCUGAUCACAAACGGCAACAUUACAUGUAUGUAUAUGUUUGAUUGUUGCAAACAUAUCCUACUGAAUGUAAAGGUCUAAUCAGGGAUUAAGGGUGAAACUCACCUGAGCUGUUUUAUCAUGGAGAGUGUUGAAAGCUCCCAUUACUCCUUCAACAGUGAAGGAGGUUUGCUAAAUUACUUGAUCAAGUAAUGUCUCUUGCUAUGGCAAUAUAUUCAUGUUAUCUGAAACUACAGGGUACAUUCACAAAUUGUAUUUGUAUGCUUAUUUUUACAGUGAGAUGCUGGAAAGUAUCAUGUAAGCCAAUGGAAACAAUCAUUUAUUAUCUGGUGUGUUAUCCAAGUGUAGCAUUACUCCGCUGCUCCUGAAACAGAGGUCUUCAUUUCCUGUUGUUCAAACAGGUCCUACAAAAACCCAUAGUUAUCUUUCAGACUCAUCCAGCCUGUUUCUUACAGUGAUUACUAAGCUGGAAAAGCUACAUAUCUCACUUUGAAAUAGAAAUUCAGACUAGCAUUGUGUGAGUCAAUUAAAGACUGCCUACAGUUUCAGUGUAUCAUUAUGUAUUCUGAAUGUCUUCUUAUAGUCUCCUGCGUCCACGAUUUAAAAAAAACUUGCUUUGCUUUCCUUAUCUUUGUUGUGUAUGAAGUAAAACGUAGCCACUCUUGGUUUUUUUUAAGUUGAUUAUAUCAAUCUAUAGGCCAGUUUUGUACACUUUAAUGUUAACCCAUUUUAAUCAUUAAUGUGAUUUUAAAGUGCAAAACAAUUCAAAUGAUUUUAAAUUGUUACCAAUGCAGUUAUUUCCCUACUGUUGUAUUACAAAAGUGUGUGUCUGUGUGUGUGAGAGAGUGAUUAUGUUGUCUUCCUACUGUGAAAAAAUAAAAGGAACAGAAAUGAA